AAUUCACGGUCGGUAAGAAUUUUCGUAAAUUUUCGCUCAACACCGGAGCCCUGACCCGAUUGUUAGCGGUAAUCAAGAUUCAAAUCAACGAUAGCUAGUGACCACGACGUCGCGCCGUCAGUCGGCGAAAAGUUACCGCCACGGGAGCACCAUAGACGCGACGUAAACUACCAGUGCUCCUCUGGCCGAAAAGAAAAAAAAAACAAUGAAAAAAAUGGAAUGACGGAAUCGGAGUUCUAAAUUCGAAUACGCACGAAAUGUGUUCAGACGGUUUUAAUUUUUUGGCGAAAUUGGCGUGUGAUUGUGAGAGUGCGAAAACUUUUAAGUGAAAUGUGUUAGUUUUUAUUUUUUAAUUUAAGUGCUCAAAUAUUAGGUUACGCCAUAAACCCAGACUAAACUCACGACAGAGCUGGGCUAAUCAGCUUUUAAUUAGUGUGAGAGAGACCGCAGUGGCACCAGUCCAAGAUGAAUCUGAUGUUUCGGAAGAACUUCUGCGGGGAGAAGAGUACGGGCGGCGGGGGUGGCGGGGGAGGGGGCAAGGCGAGGGGGGCGCUCGGGGCCGGCCGGAACGCGAAGCGCCGGGACCGCGAGCGCUACUCCUGUAUGGAGGAACACACUCACUACAGGACGCAUCUUUUUUUCUCGGCGCCGAGGGCCAGUGCUCAGUACAACGAGGGCUCAGAACGAUGUGGGCCAGUGCUCGGUGGAGGUUCCGGGCCGGAGACGGAGCCCCCGCAGCCCCUCGUCACGCGGGAGCCAGGGGUGUCGCUGCUCCGCUGGGACAGGCCCACGGACACCCGGGCGUCCGAGCGGGUCAGCAGGAGGGAGACGAGGACAGAGCCCGUCUCGCUCGCCACGCUCGAGCGCGACUGCUUCGUCAUACCGGCGCACGCGCUGGAUAGGUUCCUGCCUGAUGGCGUCCCUCUUCCAGUCCCCCCUCCAACACCAGAGAAAGGCCAAACAACGAAGACAGCCCAGAACUCACUCAGCAUCCUCGAGGUUGCCGACCCCAAGCUCUGCAUACUCGCCCACCUGAUGAGCCCUCUCGAGCCUAUCGAGCCAAUACUCGAAUCACCGAUGUCCAAGCCCUUAAUCAAACAGAAGGCUGCCGCAGCGGAGCUUUUAACUGAAGUAGCUCAGGCUAAUACAGCUGUAGGAGGGAUGCUACUCGCAAAUAUGGAAAGGAACGCAGAAUUCCCGUUCAUAUCAUAUUAUGUGAUAAAUACUACGCAAACUGAUCCUUUGCUUUUCUACAAUAACAUGAGGUGUGCUUCGCUGAACAAGUUUGAUCCGAAGGCUAUCCGGUACUCAGCGGCGCAUACGCUGGACUUGUAUAGCGAGGUGGCGAUGAUCUGCCGGCCGCCGUUCACAGACUUGGCCGGGGGACCGAAGAAGUCGCACACGCCGACUACUGGAUUCAUUAUUAGUGUUUAUAAGGUAUUCGAAGGCGACGAUGGCGAGCGCUUCGAGCGCAACUGGCUAUACUGGACCGGCGCACGCAUGCUCUACCGCCAUCUCCCUCACUCUGUCGGGAUGAGGAAGAUAGCGCUACACAAGUCCGUCGCCAGCCACGGCGACAAGAUGUACCUGUUGGUGUGCGAGUGUGCCAACUUGUUGGACGACUUGUCGGGCGCGGCGAUGCUGAUCACGGCGUUGCGCGCGCGUCUGUGUGGGUACACUGGAUUGUAUAGGCCCAUACAGACGUUCUAGCAGAGGGAUGGGGCUGAGAGCCCUGAUGUUUAGUGUAUGCUAGAGUAAAAGUCUAGAUUGGAAUCUAAUUUGACCAUUUUGAAAGAUAGUUGUUAAAUGACACAACUCGAUUUAACGUCGAAUAAACAUAGUCGGAUUUAAGUAUGACAUCGUACAGAAAAGUCUUAUCUUACUGAAAGGACACUGCAAAGAGUUUAACAUCUGAGAAAAGAACUGAAAUGACUGUGGCGGCUCCUUGUUACUUUAUGUGUCAAUGUGUUGUCACUAUCAGGGGCCCGUUUC